GAUCGCCAAAACGAAAAUGAAGAUUUAUGUUGGACAGUUGGCUUAGCAACUAUAAUUUAUUCAAUGAAUUUAUCUGUAUGUCGUGCUACUAACAAAAGACCAUUUGAGUUAGUUUUUGAUCAUGAACCUCGUGGUAAUUAUGUUCUUAUAGAUCAGCUUUGGUCUCAGGGUGUUCGAUAUGAAGAAAAUAUUCCUGAUGAUGUUCAGAUUGAAUAUUAUGAUGAUAUUCAGUUUGAUGAUAAUGAAGAAGAAAGCAUCCAGAAGUCUCUGUUGAAUGAUAUGACUACGCAAAUGGUAUGCAUUGGAUUAAGGUUGAACGAAUAUUAUUCAGCUAUUGAAUUGAUUCCUGUUACUGGAACUUUUAGAGAAUAUCUUGAGCUUGCAAUUAUUCCUAAUACUUGUGUAAGUGCCCGUGAAGCUGCUAUCUAA